AGCUAAAGUUUCCAAAAAAGUUAGAAUAACUUCCUCUCUCCAAGACCUCCGUUUUUGCACAACCCCGUCCUUGAAAUAAGAGCCCUUCAAGCAACCUGGAAAACGUUUGGUCAGCAAAAAACUCCUGUUUUUUUCCCCCCCAAAGGAUCUGUCUUAGGAAUUUAAAACACAUUUAAGACACACACACACCCCACAUCAGGAGGGGGGGAAAGGUCCCUUCCCCUCCCCUCCUUGCAGAAAGAAUGGAAGAAAGUUCCAGGUCUCCUGUUUCCCCCGUGGAUAGUUUGGGGACCAGCGAAGAGGAGCUGGAAAGGCAGCCAAAGAGAUUUGGCAGGAAGAGGAGAUACAGUAAGAAAUCCAGCGAAGAUGGCAGCCCCAACCCAGGCAAGAGGGGGAAAAAGUCCAGUCCCAGUUCUCAGUCUUAUGAAGAACUCCAAAGCCAGCGGAUCUUGGCCAACGUCAGAGAGAGGCAGAGAACUCAAUCCCUCAAUGAAGCCUUUGCAGCCCUGAGGAAAAUCAUCCCUACGUUGCCCUCUGACAAACUCAGUAAAAUCCAGACUCUCAAACUCGCAGCCAGGUACAUAGACUUCCUCUACCAGGUCCUACAGAGCGACGAGAUGGACAAUAAGAUGACCAGCUGCAGCUACGUGGCCCAUGAGCGGCUCAGUUAUGCCUUUUCAGUGUGGCGGAUGGAAGGUGCAUGGUCGAUGUCAGCCUCCCACUAGCCGGCACCUGGGCAAAAGCAAACCCAACGGCCAAAGGGAUUGUCCAGUGUCUGAGACUGAAGUGGACUUGAGAAGUUUGUAGCUUCUGAAACCUCAACAACCUCAAGUAAACUGGUCGAAAAGACCCCUCUAGCCUUCCCUAGCUCUGGGCUCUUGCAGAGCACUUUGAGGGGCAACACAGCGCCAAAGCAAAGGGGCUGACAUCUCUCCCCAAGAGACUGACCCAAAAGGCAAGAAGAGAGAAACAAGCGACACUGACUGUUUAGUGCCCUUGGGGCUCUGUUUGUAGGUGUGGUUUUUUUUUUCUGAACAUCUUAAUUCAGGAAUACAUUUAUGAGAAAUCUUUGGGUUGGACUUCUCUCUUCCCUUUGCUGGAUUUUUUUUUUAAUGUAGAUUUUUAACUCAAAAUGAUUUUCUUGUACAGUAACAACAGAACUAGACCAAGGUGCUCAGAAAAAACAACACGAUGGUCUCCCCAAAUCCUGCAUGAGUUGUGUCAAGUACAGUCUGGAUUACACAUUCUGUUCUCCAGACACCCCUCCAUUUGCUCCAUGAUUUGCUACAGCUAAAGCUCUUCCCCAUUUUCUGUUCCAGUGUAUAUGUUGCUUAUUUGUUUUAUUUAUUGAGAUAUUUUUAAUGAGCUAAGAGACUGCAAUGUCGCUCUGUAUACUGCUUCUCUUGCCACUAAAAAUAAAGAUGUCCCACAGCUUUUGGAGG